CGGACAUUACAUCUAGACCAAUUAAAGGAAGUGAAACUUCAAAGAAUGUUGUAUGACAAGCCGGACACCCUAAAACCUCCGAGAACGGAUGUCCUAAUGAUGACCCCAUGGUUUUCCCCCAUUGUUUGGAACAGUACCUACAACAUUGAUAUACUGAAUGCCCAGUUCCAUCAGCGAGGAUUCCGCAUUGGGAUUACAGUGUUUGCCAUUAAAAAGUAUAUUAUGUUUAUCAAAAUGUUUGUUGAAACAGCUGAAAAAUUCUUUAUGGUGGGAUUUAAAGUCAACUACUACAUAUUCACUGAUCGAGCUGAGGACGUUCGACAGAACAACUUUACUCUUAAUGAAGGGAGACGUGUGAUCAUUCUCGAGGUUCCCAGCUAUAAAAGGUGGCAGGAAGUGUCCAUGAGGCGCAUGGAAAUGAUUCGAAAUUACACUCAAGAGAGAUUCAUUAAUGAGGUUAAUUACUUAGUUUGUGUGGAUGUGGACAUGGAGUUCAGCGACGAUGUCGGAGUGGAGAUUCUUAGUGAUUUAUUUGGGACCAUGCAUCCUAGUUUUUAUGAAGCAUCUCGACAGCAUUUCACCUAUGAACGGAGACCAGAAUCUGAAGCCUACAUUCCAGAUGAUGAGGGAGACUUUUAUUAUGCCGGAGGCUUCUUUGGGGGUACAAUAGAAGAGGUUUACAAACUAACAAACUACUGCCCCAAUGCCAUAAUAACGGACAUGGGGAAAAAUAUUGAAGCCCGUUGGCACGAUGAGAGUUAUAUAAACAAAUAUUUUCUGUAUCACAAACCAACCAAGGUCCUUUCUCCCGAGUAUCUAUGGGACAACAGAUUUGGUGUUCCAGGGAUCCUCAAAAGACGAAGAUUUGUUGCUGUUCCAAAAAACCAUAACGCAAUUCGUAACUAAAUCAUGGU